AAACGAUGAUACCCGUGAGUUAAUAAGCACAAUGCAGUGGGAGUGCGCUCGUCUCUCCAGUGGUGAGUCUGUAGGUAAACAGCAGCCCUCCCCCCCGACACUGUGACGCAGCAGCUGACAUCACUUCCCUGUUCGCUUGUCAGGUAAGCUGUCGGAAAAAGACUCGAUACUGCAAAACCCCGUCGUCUGUGGCUACAAUGUCCUCCCCUUUGGUGUUUUAACCGAAGCCCGUCGUCUCUUAGUCGGAGGAAACUUUCCCAACAUGGCGUGCUGCAAGUCAGACUCGGCGGUGGACUUGGGGACGAUUCCCCUCAUUGCACUGAAUGUCAGGGUGCGGAAAAAGUUGGGACUGUAUUUAAACCCCAGGAACAUGGUGGCCGCGGACUGGAUGGCCGUUGCGGAGGUGAUGGGGUUUAACUACCUCGAGAUAAAGAACUAUGAGGCGUCCAAAAACCCCACGCAAAUGGCUCUGGAGGGCUGGCAGGCCCGCUCCACGGACGCGUCCGUGGGGAAGCUGCUGUCCAUCCUGGCAGAGGUGGAGAGAGAGGACAUUGUGGAGGAUCUUCGUCCGCUGAUAGAUGAGGACGUGAGGAAGUAUUGCGAGAGUCAGAAGAAGAAGGCUGAGCCCCCAGUUCAGGUUGAUGAGGUGGACAGCUGUUUCCCGCGUACCCCGGAGAGGAUUGGCAUCACCCUGGAGGAUGACCCCGAAGGUUCCCCUGAACUGUUCGACGCCUUCAUCUGCUACUGCCACAGUGACUUCGAGUUUGUCCACGAGAUGAUCCGGGAGCUGGAGCAGACCCAGUACAAGCUGAAGCUGUGUGUGUUCGACAGAGAUGUCCUCCCAGGCUCCUGUGUAUGGACCAUCACCAGUGAACUCAUCGAGAAGAGGUGUAAGAGGAUGGUGGUGGUGAUUUCUGAUGAAUACCUUGACAGCAAUGCCUGUGACUUUCAGACCAAGUUUGCUCUCAGCCUCUCUCCCGGAGCUCGAAACAAACGCCUUAUUCCAGUGGUGUACAAGUCAAUGACGAAGCCGUUCCCCAGCAUCUUGCGCUUCCUCACCAUAUGUGACUACACCCGGCCUUGUACACAGGCUUGGUUCUGGACACGGCUGGCCAAAGCGCUGUCGCUGCCAUGAUCAUGGACCUGGCAGUUCGUUCUGUAUUAAGGUGCCUUAUUAUUCCACGAAAGGGAAUUUUGGACAAUGGCGAAACAUUACAGAUUCAAGUGUGUGCUAUUGCUUGUUAUCCAUGUCCUGCUGGCUUCUGAAGCACUAUCAUUAUGAAACUCAAGCUGCACAAGGAUACCAUAUAGCAGUAAAGUUCUCUCUGCACAAAGCCAUAUUAUGUUAUUAAAAUUUCAAAAAUAACAUAGGUUGUGCCUGCUCAUGUUAAUAUUUAUGUGAGUCAUAUCGGCGAGGACAAUCUGUUUGUAUUCAGGCCAGCAUGCAUUAAAUCCUCUGUAAAAGGAAGCUGGCCACUUCCUCUUACAAGUUAACUUCUAGAUGAGAGCGAAGCCUCAGAGGAAGAGAUAUUGUGAUUGUGACACUUCAACUUUUUCAGUUUUACUCAAGGCUGACACCUGCCUUUCUCUCUCACACUGUCACAAUGAUGUCUGACAUUUAAUUUUGUAUUUUUAAUAUGAUCUUUUUUUUUUUUUUUAAGAACAGUUUAAUGAAAAGUUAAUGUAUUCUAUCUUGACUUGAUUGCUCUGAAUAUGAUUUCCUCAAAAUAAACUGAACACAUUUUUCAAUGGC